AUCAUGAAUUCCAUCUCCAACGGUCACUUGCUUUGAAAGAACAUAAACAAUUCCUCUUUCUUAACAAAAAAAACCAAAAAUAAAUUAAUUAUAGCCAUAUGGCCCCCCAACACUCAAGUUCAUGACCGUUUUGUCCUUUCCCCUUUUACCUUGCCCAAACGCUCCCCUGUCUUCUCCCUCUCCUCCUCUCUCACAUUUUCUACGAAACAUGUUUUUGAAUCAACAGAUGAGAAUCUUCUGCUGAACAGAUCUUUCUUUUGCAGAAAGACGCACUCUUUGAGAAAGAAAGAAAAAGGACAGAGAGAGAGAAAGCAAACCAUCUCUCUAAUGGGUUGCUUUCUUGCCUGUUUUGGAACUUCCAAAAACGAUCGCAGACGCAGGAAACAGAGGAACCAGGUUCAGCCCCGGCUUCACCAGAGAAAUGAAAGUCCCAAAGCCGUACAAUCUGCUGUCUCUUCCGUACAGGUCGAGUCCGAAAAUCUCGUUAGCUUGGUUUCGGUUGUCCGAGAGGAGCAACCUAACUUGAGUCCAAGGAAGAAAGUGACUUUUGAUUCAAAUGUCAGAACCUAUGAGCAUGUUUCAACCUAUGACGAUUCAGAUCUUUUACGAGAGAGUGAAGAUUUUGAGAAAAAGGAGGAGGACGAUUUGGGAAAAUUAAGCCUAUCUAAGUCUCCAUCUGAAGAUAGUUCGGUGACUUCGAGCUUGGGGUCGUAUCCUCCAAACCAUAGGUAUCAGAAUUGCAGGGAAAGCGAUGAUGAAGAUGAAGAAUUGGAUUUUGAGGAUAGCGAUCUUGAUGAUGAGGACGAGAACGGUGAUGAAGAUGAUGGGGAGGUAGAGUAUGAAGACGAAGUCAUUGAACUGAGCAGAGCAAGCGAGGAGGUUAAUAGUCCUAUGCCGGUGUCUGGUUUGCUUGAGAGUGAGGUACUGAACAAGAAUGUUAGAGACAGGAGUGCUUAUGUUCACUCUGUGCUAAACCCAGUUGAGAAUCUUACCCAAUGGAAAGCUGUCAAAGCGAGAGGUAAACCAAAAACGAGGCCUCAGAUUCAGAAAGAGAACUUCACACUAGAUCAAGAAGAACCAAGGAUUUCGUUUAACUCGGAACCAGCAUUCAAGGAUUUAUCUCUCAGCUCCAAAUCUAAAACCGAUCAACCUGUUAAGCCAAAACAAGAAAUGGCAGUUGAUGCUAGCCUUUCAAAUUGGCUGGUUUCCCCGGAGUCCACACCAGUUAACAAGACUAGCACGUUCGCUUUCGAUAAUCUUUCGCCUGGGAGAUGCACAUCUCAAGGAUCAAACUCGGUGAGAAGCCAAGAGGAUAGGCCAAUUUUGGGUGCCUUGACUGUUGAAGAGAUCAGGCAGUUCUCAGCUUCAUCUUCACCUCGAAAGUCCCCAAGCCGAAGCCCCGAUGAGAUGCCCAUAAUAGGGACUGUUGGGACCUACUGGAACAACACAGGGCCUGCCAAGGAUUCUGGAUCAGCCACUUCACUUAAAGGGAUACCAAACACGACCAGCAAGUAUAGAGAGGACAAAAGAGUAAAUUGGCAUACUACCCCAUUUGAGACGAGGUUGGAGAGAGCUUUGAAUAGAGGAGCUUCUGAGGCAUAAUCCUACUUAGUAGUACUACCAGCGCACGUUAGAUGAACUAGUGA